UCUUCUCUGUCUCAUUCUCCGUUGAACUAUUUUUCUCUUGAACACUGGAAUAAUUUUCAGUUUACGUUAAAAUCGAUAAGUCCCACAAACUCUCUGUCUCCCUUUCUUUACAAUCAAAGGGUGAUGGGUAUGAAAACCGAAGAACACCUCUAACCCUAUAAAUCAGAGAUGGCUGAGAUUGGAAUCGAGCUUCAACAAACACGCUCUAUGAGUAUUUCUUCAUUCGAAAACAUAGAUCCCUUCUUCGGAAAUAUCAUCCUCUCUGAUGCUACUAUUGCUUAAUCAUCCGCCAGCUACUCAACUAUCUGACAUGCGACUUCCCAAUUCAUUCUCUAUUCACUUCUCCAAAUUGAAGGCCGGCCGCAGCAAGGAGGUCGUUCCGACAAGACUCCAUAGAAAUAAAAGUUGGUUCUUAACUCCAUGAGGACGUGAGUUAGCUAGGAGGCUGCUCCAGUCCAUGUCUGCACUUCUGAAGCAUUUGUACAAGAGCAUGGUAAGAGGAAGAACAAUGGGAAGAAGACUAAAGGAUCAGAAGGAGAAGAAGAAGCAAGAAACCAGAGCUCGAAACGCUGAGAUUCACGCCGCAGUCUCUGUCGCGGGAGUAGCUGCUGCCGUAGCCGCAAACUCCGCAUCUAAGGCGGCCGCAGCCUCAGAACAUACAGUUAAAUCAACAGCAGUUGCUGCUGCGGUCGAGUCUGCAGCCUCUCUCAUCGCUUCACAAUGCAUCGAGAUGGCAGGAGAGAUUGGAGCAGGUUAUAACCAGAUAGAAACAGCCGUCAGCUCUGAGACCAACGCUAGGACUAACGGAGAGGUGGUGGCUUUAACGGCAAGUGCUGCAACAGAGAUUUUAACGUUACGAGGAGCUGCGAGGGCAAGAAUGGAAAGGAGUAACAAUGAGAACAAAGCAAUGUUAUAUGCAACGAAGGAGAAUGUAGAAAGGGAAGAGAGAAAUGUAUUUGGAGCGAUGACUUUCGUCUCUAGAGGAGAAGAGCUUCUUAAACGCACCUGCAAAGGAGACCUUCAUUGGAAGCAAGUAUCUUUUAACAUCAAUUCAACUUGGCAAGUGGUACUUAAAAUGAAGAGCAAACAUGUGGGUGGAACUUUCAAAAAGACGAAGAAAUGGUGGGAAUGUCAAUCCAGGAGAUGAUAUGUCAGGUGGAGAAAGGACCCACAUUCCUAGAGAUCAUAUGUCAGGUGCUGGAACAGUCAAAAGGAGCCACAUUCUUGGAGUUAAGAUAACCCAUGUGAAUCAUGGUAAAUGUGUUGGCGAUGAAGUGGAUGAAAGUGGACUAGCUGAUGCAUCUGCUCCAGGUCACAACUCUGUUAAUGGAAGGGAGAGGGGAGGAGUCACCAUUUAAGGAUGAUGGGUGCUCUAAAAAGAAGGCACGAAAUGAGUGAUAUCGAAAGAGCAAGGAGAGAGCCAAAGUUACAAUGUUACGUUGCAUUGCUUAAUUUACAUUUCCGGACAUUGUCAACUCUGACUACUUUAAAACUUUUAUGUCAUUGUUUUUUAAAAAUCUAUGAUAUCCGACUUUUUCAAUUA